AACUUGAUUAAUUAUGCAACCAAAAUUGCAAAUUUAAUUUUCUGUUUUAUAAAGACAUAAUGUCAUGAUUUUACUAUUUCUGGCAUUCUUCAGUUUAUUUUUGCAAACCACCCUCGGUAAUAAUGUGUUUCCUGAUGAUUUUUUAUUCGGGGUUUCAACCUCAGCUUAUCAAAUAGAAGGUGGAUGGAAUGCGAAUGGUAAAGGUGAAAGUAUUUGGGAUGUUUUCUCCCAUAACAAUCCCGAUAAAAUAAUCGAUAAUUCGACUGGUGAUGUAGCCGCUGAUUCUUAUCACCAAUUCCGCGAAGAUUUAGCUAAUUUAAUUUAUCUUGGAGUACAUUUUUACCGAUUUUCGAUAUCUUGGCCGCGAGUUUUACCAACGGGGUUUAUUAAUCAUGUUAAUCCGGAUGGGGUUAAAUAUUAUAGUGAUAUAAUCGAUCAAUUAUUAUCGAAUAAAAUCGAACCAAUGGUAACGAUGUAUAAUUGGGAUUUGCCGGCGAUGUUACAAGAAUUGGGUGGAUGGACAAACCCGAAUAUCGGAAGUUAUUUCGUCGAUUACGCCGAUUUUUUAUUUAGCAAGUUUUCGCAUAAAGUUAAGUAUUGGAUUACGUUUAAUGAACCGGGGGAAAUAUGCGAAACUGGUUAUGGAUUAGGACUUAAUGCACCCGGAAUUAAUAUGAGUGGAAUCGCUGAUUAUUUGUGUGGAAAAACUGUUUUAUUGAGUCACUCAAAAGUUUAUCGAUUAUAUAAGAGUAAAUAUAAUAAUGGAAAGUUAGGGAUUUCCAUUUCCACGCCAUGGUAUGAACCCAAAAACAAGAAUGUUAAAGCUGAUGUGAAAGCGGCAGAAAGAGCGAUGCAAAUGGAAUUUGGUUGGUGGGCUCAUCCGAUUUUUUCGCGACACGGUGAUUAUCCGGAUAUAAUGAAGGAUCGAAUAAAGAAUUUAAGCUUAGCGAAUAAUUUCACCGGGACUCGAUUACCGUAUUUCUCCAAAGAUGAGAUAAAAAGGAUUCGUGGUUCAGCCGACUUUUUAGGCUUGAAUCAUUACACAACUUAUUUGGUGAGUCCUAAUGAUUACAAUACAAACUUGACGUCCCACGUAAAAGAUGUUGGAGUUAAAAAAGAAAUUGACCCGAAAUGGCCAGCUUCGAAAGCGCGAUGGUUAAAAGUCGUUCCGUGGGGUCUUGAAAAACUAUUAAUUUGGAUCAAAAAUGAAUAUAACAAUCCAUGUAUUUAUAUUACGGAGAAUGGUUAUCCGGAUGAUGGAGGUCUUUUAGAUAUGGAUCGAGUUAGAUAUUUAGCAGGUUAUAUAAAAUCGAUGUUAAAAGCGAUGCAAGAAUCUCAAGUUAAUGUCAAAGGUUAUGCAGUUUGGAGUUUAAUGGAUAAUUGGGAGUGGAUUGAUGGAUUUACUUUAAAAUUUGGAUUAUAUCAAAUCGAUUAUGAUGAUUGCGCGAGAAUUAGAAAGCCGAAAUCUUCCGUUAAUUUCUACAGAGAUUUAAUACACGUUAUGGAAAUCCCAGCAAUUUGCUUCGAAGGGGCUCCGGUUAUACCAAAAAUAGAACAUAUCUAAUAAAUUAUUAAAAUUUAA